CAGCAGCAGACUGCGUCCUGUGAUUCAUAUGACAGGGAUCACAUGACAGCCAGCAGGGCUCCUUGGUCCAGAUAGCAACACAGUGGUCGGCUACACCGAGAGAGAGGCUAGCUGUUAGCUUCACCUGUCCCCAGAGCCGAAAUGAGUUUCCUCGGGGGGUUGUUUGGGGCUGUCUGCGAGAUCGAUGUGCUGCUAAAUGAUGCAGAGAACAGAAAGACGGCUGAACUGAAGACAGAAGAUGGCAAAGUGGAGAAACAUUACAUGUUUUACGAUGGGGAAUCGGUCUCUGGGAAGGUGAACCUGAACGUUAAGCAGGGGGGGAAGAGACUCGAGCAUCAAGGCAUCCGCAUUGAAUUCGUGGGACAGAUCGAGCUGUUCUCUGAUAAGAGCAACACCCAUGAGUUUGUGGACCUGGUGAAGGAGCUGGCCUUGCCCGGAGAGCUCGCCCAGAAUCGGAGCUACGACUUUGAGUUCAUGCAGGUGGAGAAGCCCUACGAGUCCUACACUGGGACUAACGUCCGCCUCAGGUAUUUCCUCCGUGUGACAAUAGUCCGUCGCCUGUCUGACCUGGUGAAGGAGUACGAGUUGAUCGUCCACCAACUCGCCUCCUACCCAGACGUGAACAACUCCAUCAAGAUGGAGGUGGGCAUCGAAGACUGUCUGCAUAUCGAGUUUGAGUACAAUAAGUCCAAGUACCACCUCAAAGAUGUCAUUGUGGGCAAAAUUUAUUUCCUGCUUGUGCGGAUCAAGAUUCAACACAUGGAGUUACAGCUCAUUAAGAGGGAGAUGACUGGAAUAGGUCCUAGUACUACCACAGAAACGGAGACGGUUGCAAAGUAUGAGAUCAUGGACGGGGCGCCCGUUAAAGGAGAAUCCAUCCCUAUCAGACUAUUUUUAGCAGCAUACGACCUGACGGCCACCAUGAGGGACGUCAACAAGAAGUUCUCGGUUCGUUAUUUCCUCAACCUAGUGCUGGUGGACGAAGAGGACCGGAGAUACUUCAAGCAACAGGAGAUUGUCUUGUGGCGGAAAGCACCCGAGAAGAUGAGGAAGAGAAACUUCGUCCAGCGCUACGAGUCGCCAGAGCCCCGGCCGCAGCCUGUGACCGCCGAACAGCCCGAGAUGUGAGGCUCGCUGCAUCAGACUGACAAUCCUCAGACACACACGCCCUCGAACCAGGUCCUGCUCGACGGCCAGAUGGGUGACCACUGCCCCCCCCCCUUCCCCCCCUUUCUCUCUGACUGAAAAAACAUUUGUACACAUAAUUACACACACUCACACAUGCAUACACACCCACACCUCAAUAACUCAACACCAGAAGGCUUGAUGUGAGUUAUGCAUAAAAACGCACACAGAGAGGUUUGUCAUAUAUCAGGACACACAAGCAUACGAUUUAGGUCUGCUUAGUUCAAAUAAAGACAUGGCGUGGGUGGUGGGGUGGGCAGAAGGUUUCAAUCUAUUUAACUGGAGCAGCGUGAAGGCAAUGGGAGAUAGCAUAUUUGUUCUCGGCAUUUCAGACAGUUACGCGCAUGCAGACACGCACUCGCACAGAAAUGUACACGCACAAUGCAAGCCAUAAAAUCCCAGCCAGGCAUAUGCAGAAUGGAGAGGAUGGAAGGAUACAGCCUGCAUAUAGGACAUUGGCUCAGUCUGCACUCAAUACACAGGUCGCACUGUACGAAAAUCUACCUAUUUCAUAUUAUUGCACAACAAUCAUUCUCAGCCCAUCCUUAUUUAAUUUAUUUACUCAUCGACAUCUUGUAUAAAAAAAAAAAAAAAAAAAAAAAGUCUGAACUACUGUUUUUGGUAUCAACUAGUUUGGGGUCAUGCGACAAAAAUAAACCUAAGUAUACUCAGUUAGAGGCAUAGUUGGGUUUCCAGUUCUCGUAAAAACUGUUUUAAUCGUCCUUAGCCCAGUUCAUUGCUUUGGCAACCGCACAGCCUUUUUUUCUAUCACCGUAGCUCACAGAUCAGAAUGUGCUCUGCUGUCUGCAGUCCGCUGGAGGCCACAGACGUGUGGACAGUAAGGCUAGCCGGCCCUCAUACUUCUCCUCUUUGUGGUCUUCUGCAGAAAUUCUAAGUAGUGCAUUGCAGAAGUGUCUUUUUUUUGAGCUAUGUGUGAUCUGUUGUAUACUGUAAAUAUAAAAUGUCAUUACAGUGAAUGAAAAGAGAGCUACUAAUAUUUCAUUUGGAAUUCUGGAAGAAAGCCCGGGGAGCCCUCCCUUUUAAGUGCACCGUGUAAUUGGUUCCCGGGAUUUAGACUUGAGGUAAACGCUGAAACACUUGAGUCCACCGGAGAUCCGUUUUUUUUUGUCACUUUAGCAACCAUGAUUGCUUCAUUAAACAUGUCCAAACUAUGAAGCAAGGACAGGAAAGCCAUGUGGAUUGGCAGUUAUAAGAGAGUGGGCAAGCAAGUUCAAUAAAAACACAACAUGGGAUUGAAUUGACCCAAAUCUUUUUUCUUUUUUCCACGGUUGUCUUAUGUAGCUAAUGUUGGUCCUGCAAGGGGUGCACUUAAAAAAAUACUGUCAUUAUUUAGAUCCAGCCAUAUUUCACUGUGAUGCUUUGACCAGCGGUUAAACACACACACACACACACACACACACACACACACACACACACACACACACACACAGUGAUGUGUUCGGUGAAUCUUGCCUUCCCCUGCACUUUUGCACUUUCCCCUCCAAUGGUUUGGAUUAGCAAAAGAAGCAGGGGAGCCCAUAGCAAAACAGCACUCAAAACACAAAAAACCCUCUGAUGUAUGGAAUAACAGCACUUCCUUAGAAACAUUGUAUUGCCAUGUCUGGUAUUAUUUAAUCAUGUUUGUCCUUGUAGAAUCAUUACAUAAUAUCUCUUCAUGUCCAACUCCUGCAACAAUGCUUUUUUUUUUUUUUUAAAGCAGCAAUCUGUUCACAUUUCUCAUGUCAUGUGCUUGUAUGAGGUUUGAGGGUUGAGAGCCUUCCACCUGCUUUGUAUGUCAUGAUUGUUCAUUGUUUGCUGUGCAACAGUUGCUUCCACACAAAGCCUUCUGAGCACUGUAAAGGCAUUUAAGCUCGUUUGAAAUGUUAAGAAGCAUAAUGAACACAAAACAUCAAAAUAGCCCUGUCCCAAUCACAUUACACAUUGCAUGUUAAUAAAAGCUGUCAACACGCCCAAGUGUAUGGAUGGCUAAUAUUUGUAUAUAUAUACAUAUACCCCAGUCAAGAUAUAGAGCUAAUUAAUCAGUGAAUAAAGGAGAUUUAUACUGAA